GGCCCUUCACUCUCUGCUUCUCCUGCCUGUUGACCUUAGCUGCUCAGUCUUCCCCAUUCCUCUUACCCUCCUGGUGCCCUCACUGUGACAUCACUGCUCCCCCCGCCACCCAUCCAGUGGCAGAACACAGUGAGCUCUUGCACAGCUCCAAGCUGGCAGAUUCUUCAAUCUGGGUCUCGGGGCCAUCCUUCUUUGUCACAUGCAAAUUCAGGCACCUCUAGCUCUUCAAAGCUUUCCCUGACGCCUGCAAAUCCCAACAUGCUCUGCAGGUACUUUUACUAGCACCCAAGUCACUCUAUUGCAGUCAUUCAUUUAACUGGUCUAGACUUUAAACCCCUGGAGGGCAGGCCCAGGUCUUAUUCACAUUUACAUUCUGAAUCGGUGCUCAGUGCUGAUGAUGAUAAACCGUGCCAUGGAUGGGACAGCCUGGGCCCCGGUGAGGUUAGUCUUCCCAAGGUCAGCUCUGCUAACCCCACUAAUCAGCUUGAGCCUCCUAAUCUGUCCCCAGCAGGAGCCUCAGGACAGAGGGCUGGUGAGAGUCGGUGGGGGCCGUUUGGGCCCCUCGCCCGCCUUCUUCUCCAGCCCGGGCCCUGGGUGAGGGUGGGGCCAAGGGCCAUGUGCACCACGCUCUUUCUGCUCAGCACCUUGGCCAUGCUCUGGCGUCGCUGGUCCGCCAACCGGGUCCACCCGGAGCCCAGCGGAGUGGAUGGGGAAGCUGGGGACAGCGGCUUGGAAACAGACAUGCAGUCCUCAGGCAGGGAGAAGGAGCCUCUGAAGUAAGCCUUCACCUGUUCAGGUGGAGCUCAGCCCCUGCGACAGAAGCAGCUCAAGUCCUCAUUCGCCCCCUAUCCCGGGAGGAUGCUCUGGUGGCAGAAGCAGCAGCAAGAGGCAGAAUGGGGAAAAGAAACCAUCAAGAAGGUAGUUGCCUCUCUGACACCCCCAAGGACCUGCCCGUCUUCACGUCUCCGAGGCCCUGGCUGGAGAGCUUCUGAGGCAAAGCCUGCCUGGGGCUGGCGAGAGAGAGAUGCUCAUUUCACGAGGACGGACUCCUUCCCUCUGAGUUUCUGGGGAGGCGAAGAGAGAGGCACUCACUGAUCCCCAUGGCUGGCUCUGGGGCAGCUCCUGCUGCCCAGGCUUGAGGCAAGAGCAAGUGGGGAGUGGGGAGACCCCAGAACCAUUGACAGCUGAUGGUGUACACUUCCUAAUUAAGGGGUCCCCAUUUAUUCUCUCACCUAAUCCUCACAAUAAUCCACAGAGACUGGUAAUAUUAUUAUCCACAUUUUAUAAACGAGAAAGCACAGAAAGUUAAAUAAGUGGCCCAGUGUGGCCUAGCUAGUUGGCAGGGAUCCUGGCUUAUGCCUGGGUUCCAGAGCCUGUGCUUGGCCACUAGGGUGCACGGCCUCCUGCCACCUACCUGCAUGUUGGCAAGGGCUCGGGAGAGAAGGGUUUGACUGGCCUGGCCCUGUCUCCAUCAGCUCAAGAGCUCUUCUGUUAAACCUCAGCCUGCAGUCCAGGGCUGUGUCGUCUGUUUGCUGUGGUGGCAUGUGCCUCUCCCUAGUCCCCCUAGUCCCCAGAGCUCACCCCGUUGUGGGCUGCUCUGCUGAAAUGAUCAAUAAGACAUGCCAGUUGGAUCUGUGACAUGUCUGCCUGCAGCUGGAUGGGGAAGCAACCAACAGCUUGUUCUUGGAGCAUGUUUUGUGUGUGUGUGUGUGUGUGUGUGUGUGUGUGUGUGUGUGUGUGUG